AUGAAUAAACGUAAACAGCAGCGCCUUGGAAAUCUCAUUAGCAGUCCUAGAAGCUACGAUCAAGACAGUGAAGGAUUUGCAUUUGAAGAUAAUAAUUCAGAUCAAAUACAUUUCAGUAACGGAGAAGUUUCCAUAACAAUCAACAAGGCUGGAGUUAAAUCUUAUUCUUAUAGGAAUCCGGAAGUUGAUGAGCAACUUCUUUUCUCUCCAUUAUAUUGGCAUAAAGUUAUUAUUAGCCACAAAAGACAUUUCAAUUGUUUAGAAGUUGCUCUUCCACAAAUAUUUAGAAUUGUUGAAGACGAAUUCUUUGCUCCCGUCAAAUAUAUUUCAUCACUUCAUGAGGAUUACUUUUUCGUUCAUAAUCAAGGAAAAGCACUUAAAAAGCUUUUUGAUCAAAAACUUCAAAUUAAUGUGAAAGGAGAAACUGUUGAUCUCGUAGUUCGACUUUGCAUUGGGAAUUUCAGUGAAGGAAUGUUGACUUUAAAUGAUAAACUUUCGAAUAUUAUUCAAAAUUCAAUCGAUUCCGAUCACAAUAUUAAUUUGAGUCGUAUACAUUGUCGACAAGAAUUAAAAGAUGUGAUAUUUUCCUUAACCAACGAAGGAUGUCUGGCAAUGCUUUGCGAACAGCUGAGACAAGAAUUAAAAAAAAAAGAACAUUCUGUGAUAAAAGUUUCUACUCUCAAUCUAAGUGAAAACGAAAUUUCUUCCCUUGAACCGUUUUCAAGACUUUUCUUUCAUUUAGACGCAUUUGAUUUCCAGUUCAAUAAAAUCUCACUCAUUGACGAAUUUCAAUAUUUAAACCAUUUUAAAAUAACACAAUUGAACCUUCUCAACAAUCCGGUGACUCAAAUUCCUCAAUUUCAAAUGAAAAUCAAAACGCAAAUUCCAACAUUAAAAAUGAUUGAUUCAUUUCAAUUUGAAUCAAAUUCAGUUCAAGCCAUUGGAAGUCACAUAAAGACAGAAUCGCAAAGUUCAUCUUCACACAACAUUUUGUGUUUUGAUAAUAGAAGCGAUGAGAUUCGGAGUUUUAAGCAGAAUGUCAAUAUUAUCAACUUUAAAGACAUAAAUGAUUACGUGAAGUCCAUUUUUCCCAAAGAAGACAACAAGUUAUGGAACAAAAUUAUUGUUUUUCACAACGGAAAAGUUGACAAAGAAACGAUUCUGAAUGCAAUGAACAAACAGUUUUUUAACUUAACGACGUUCUAUCCAUGUUACUAUAAGAGGGGAGAAAAGGCAGACAAUUUUUUCUUAUACAAAAACUACAGCGCUCUCAAAAUACUCAUGGAAAAUGAUUUAAAAAUGGAAAUUCAAGAAAUUAAUGAAACAGUAAAGUUUGAAGUGCAUUUAGGAUGUGCAGAUUAUGUCGAUGGACAAGUCAAUUGGAGUAAAAAAAUUAACUACGUGAUCAAGAAAAGAAUCAGAGGCAGUGAAAUGCAUUUCGAUAACUUCUCAGCCGACAGUGAUUUGAUCGAUUUGGAAGUGACUUUGACUACUUCAGUUGGAUUUUCACAUAUUCUCAAUACGACUAAGCAAAUAUGUAAUAAAAUGUGCUUGGAAAUUGAAUCUCUGAACUUGCAGAACAACAAAAUCUUCAGAUUCAAUGCACUCAAUUUUAUCGCAACUUCCUAUUCGAAUCUUAAGAUUUUAGACUUGAGAAACAACAAUAUUGAAAGCAUUGAGGAAAUAUUUGAACUUCCCAAUCUUACGAAGAUUUAUUUGGAUUCAAAUCCCGUUUGUAUUCAAUAUUAUGACAAUCCUUUCAAAUACGUCACAGAUUUACAACGCUUGUUUCCUAAUCUUGAAUCCAUUGAUGAGAAACAAAUCGACAGCUCAACAUCAAUCGUGAACAUGCAAAAUUUUCUUAUCACAUCGAAAGUUUACUCAUUGACUGAACAAUUUUUGAAUUUCUUUGAAUAUUUUGAUUCUUAUCAUGAAGCUUUGAGAGAAUUUUACCACAAGGAUUCGAUUUUUACCAUCAGUAACGAGUCACAAGUCUUGAAUCAAUUCAACGAUCUCUCGAGAAAUAUAAUUGGAGCAACAAAUAUUAAUAAAGUUCUCCUUGGACCUGAUUACAUAAUUAACUUCUUUGAAACAUUCCCACCAACAACUCACGAUUACACAACAAUGUCAAUCGAUGUUCCUUUAGUCAAUGAAAGAAAUGUUUUAAUAACGACCAGAGGAUUCUUUAAGACUACCGGGACAUCUAUCAAAGAUAGUAAUUUUCAUGGAUUUACGAGAUCAUUCUUGCUAUCAAAACGUGGAUCAAAAUCCGGAACUGUUGAUCCCUCAAUUAAAUAUCGAAUAAUGAACGAGAUGCUUCACAUCAGAGACUUAAGCGAUGAAGAGAAGAAAAUUCCUUUUAAAAAACUCGUCGUUUCUGAAAGCGAAGUGAACACUCUUUGCAAAGAUCUCUUGCCAUCAGCCUUUCAAAAGGAAGAAGCACAUAUUUUGGUGUUUCGAAAGAUAACUCAUCUUAAAAUUAACAUUUGUAAAAGAUUGCUUGAAGAUGCCAAAUGGGAUAUUAAAACGGCUCUCACAUACUUCGAUGAAUUCUUGAAGCGCAAUUUACUAAACUUAAAUGAUUUUGACUUGUAAAGUUUCUCUUAUGUUUCAUUUCUUUGUACAUUUACUGGUUUAUAAUAAAAAUUUGAAUUAAAGCGA